AUGGCUGAUCAGGCGCCUCCGGGGGUAAACAUGCCCAAGAAGCGGGACCCGCGUCUACGGCAGGUGCAGGCGCCGCCGCAGCAGAAGUUCUUUGACUCUGCCGACUACGAAGUGCGCAAGCAGCAGCACCAGGAUCAACACCAACAUGCCGGUCAGCAGCAAUCACAUCACUCUUCGCACUCUCAGAUGGCCCCGAACGGCAUCCCGCAUCGUGAACCGGCGGACGUGCCACGCCCUGGCGCUCUAGACGAUGGCGCACCUCGUGACAAGAUCCCGCCUCCUCCGCUGUCAGAAGGCUACGUAGUUCAGAGGGCCCGACGCACGCUUCAGUGA